AUGGCGUCUUUCUUACAUUCAGGCCCGGCUUCCUCGGCCCUGCGAAAGCAGGCUGUUGCCCUUCGCGUCAACUCUGCCAAGUCCAUGGUUUCUGCUCCAGCAUGUAGUUCAUUUUCCACAUUAUGUCCUCAGGCGAGGCUCCAAGCUUCACGUAAGUCUUUUGUGAUCGUGUGGUCACGUCUCGCACGUCCUAUGUCAAAGCAUACACCUCGGAGGCACGAUUCUUGCCAUGUUUCGCGACCAGCAGUCCGCGGUGGAAAAAACAUGCAGAUGUCUCUUCGCCCUCAAUCCUCUCCUAACACCUCCAUCCGCCAAAGCCGCACCUUCCUCACCCAACUCCGCCGUCAAGCGCAAGCUUUGAAAGAGCACUCCACCUCCGCAUCGGCAUCCCCGACACCGGUCACACCCCCCAAGAAACCCAGCACUCCCUUGCAGCUCACCAACCUCCCUUAUUUCGUUCGCCGUACCGCUUCUAACCAACUGCCUGUCUACGUUGACACCAAGGCCGGCGGUAACAAGCAGCUCACCAAGGUUCAAAAGACCGAAGGUGAUCUGGACGCCCUCCGCAAUGACUUGGCUGUCGCGCUGGGCGUGACUGAUGUGCGCGGUAAACCCAACCCCGAUGUGACCCUGAACCGACUCACUGGUCACAUCAUUAUCAAGGUAUGUUUCGAGUUCCGUGAUAUCAUGAUGUCACACCGCACCACACCGCAACAUUCACUCAUGCAUGACACAGGGCUGGCGGAAACCUGA